AUGUUCUCCUCCCUCAUACUAGUUUCACUAUUAGUACUAACCCUCCCAAUCAUAUUAUCAAUCUUCAAUACCUACAAAAACAGCACGUUCCCGCAUCAUGUAAAAAACACUAUCUCAUAUGCCUUCAUUACUAGCCUAAUUCCCACUAUAAUAUUUAUUCACUCUGGACAAGAAACAAUUAUCUCAAACUGACACUGAAUAACCAUACAAACCCUCAAACUAUCCCUAAGCUUCAAACUAGAUUACUUCUCAAUAAUUUUCGUACCAGUAGCCCUAUUCGUAACAUGAUCUAUUAUGGAAUUCUCCCUAUGAUACAUGCACUCAGAUCCUUACAUUACUCGAUUUUUUAAAUACUUACUUACAUUCCUCAUCACUAUAAUAAUUCUAGUCACAGCUAACAACCUUUUCCAACUGUUCAUCGGAUGGGAGGGAGUAGGCAUCAUGUCAUUCUUACUAAUCGGAUGAUGAUACGGCCGAACAGAUGCCAACACCGCGGCCCUUCAAGCAAUCCUUUAUAACCGCAUCGGGGAUAUCGGCUUCAUCAUGGCCAUAGCCUGAUUCCUAUUCAACACCAACACAUGAGACCUCCAACAAAUCUUCAUACUCGACCCCAACCUUACCAACCUCCCGCUCCUAGGCCUCCUCCUAGCCGCAACUGGCAAAUCCGCUCAAUUUGGACUCCACCCAUGACUUCCUUCAGCCAUAGAGGGCCCUACACCAGUCUCAGCCCUACUCCACUCCAGCACAAUAGUUGUAGCAGGCGUCUUCCUGCUAAUCCGCUUCCAUCCACUAAUAGAAAACAACAAAACAAUCCAGUCACUUACCCUAUGCCUAGGAGCCAUCACCACACUAUUCACAGCAAUCUGCGCACUCACUCAAAACGAUAUCAAAAAAAUCAUUGCUUUCUCCACCUCCAGCCAACUAGGCCUGAUAAUCGUAACCAUCGGUAUCAAUCAACCCUACCUAGCAUUCCUCCACAUUUGCACUCACGCAUUCUUCAAAGCUAUACUAUUUAUAUGUUCCGGAUCCAUUAUCCACAGCCUAAAUGACGAGCAAGAUAUCCGAAAAAUAGGCGGACUAUUUAAUGCAAUACCCUUCACCACCACAUCUCUAAUUAUUGGCAGCCUUGCACUCACCGGAAUUCCUUUCCUCACAGGCUUCUACUCCAAAGACCUCAUCAUCGAAACCGCCAACACAUCGUACACCAACGCCUGAGCCCUACUAAUAACUCUCAUUGCCACAUCCCUCACAGCUGUCUACAGUACCCGAAUCAUCUUCUUUGCACUCCUAGGGCAACCCCGCUUCCUCCCUCUGACCUCAAUCAACGAAAAUAACCCCUUUCUAAUUAACUCCAUCAAACGCCUCUUAAUUGGCAGCAUUUUUGCCGGAUUCUUCAUCUCCAACAAUAUCUACCCCACAACCGUCCCAGAAAUAACCAUACCUACUUACAUAAAACUCACCGCCCUCGCAGUAACCAUCCUAGGAUUUACACUAGCCCUAGAACUAAGCUUGAUAACCCAUAACUUAAAACUAGAACACUCCACCAACGUAUUCAAAUUCUCCAACCUCCUAGGAUACUACCCAACAAUUAUACACCGACUCCCACCGCUCGCUAACCUAUCAAUAAGCCAAAAAUCAGCAUCACUUCUACUAGACUCAAUCUGACUAGAAAACAUCCUGCCAAAAUCUAUCUCCCAGUUCCAAAUAAAAACCUCGAUCCUAAUUUCCACCCAAAAAGGACAAAUCAAAUUAUAUUUCCUCUCAUUCCUCAUCACCCUUACCCUAAGCAUACUACUUUUUAAUCUCCACGAGUAA